AUGUCAGUGGGUGAGUAUUUGUUUGGGAGUGACAGCGAAGAUAUAACGGGGUUAUUAAGUGAGUCGAGUAACACGGACUCUUCCGACUCUUCUGAUCUCUCCGACUCGAAGCCCAAAACCCGAAAAAUACCCGACUCUGUUAAAAAGCUGAUAGGAGAAGCUUCGAUGUGUUAUGUUAAAAAGGAGUAUUCGCAAGCCACGGAGUAUGCUCUCGAAGCCAUUAAAGUCGCGCCACAAAUUCCCGAUAGUUAUCACACAUUGGGUAUGAUAUACUCCGAUUUGGGAGAUAAGAAGACUGCAAGGGAUUAUUUCAUGAUAGCGGCGCAUAUGACGCGAACUGACGGAGAGUUGUGGAAGCGGCUUGCAGACAUGUUUAAAGAAGAUGGCGACGAAGAGCAGUACUACUACUGUUUAUCGAAAGCUGUUCUCCACGAUCCCAAGAACGUCGAUUUGCUCUACGAGAGAGUCAAAGUUGGGACACAGAUGUCGGACUCGCGCGGCGUUUUAUCGACAUUCCAAGCACUCAUAGCUCUUGAUGGAACCGCGACAACAGCAAAACAGAUAGCGACGGCUCUUAUCACAGAAAAGAGGAAGAAAGAAGCUGCGAGUGUCGUAUUAGGAGGUGUCAAGCAACGGAUUAAAGAGAAUAAAGACGUUGAAUUAAGUCUUGGGAAUAUAUUAAUGGAGCUUUUACUCGACAACGAAAUGCUCGACGAGUUCUCUGAAUUUUACACAAACUACGUGAAGACGCACGACGAGAGUACGUUCCCCGUAGACAUGCAAGCCAAUGUCUGCAUAUUCAAUAUCCGCAAGAAGAGUGAGGAGACGUGGAUGCCGUACUACUUAUAUCAUCUGAAGAACAUCAACCCGAAUAUUGUCGACUUGAGUGUGUUAAUAGCAAAUGAGUUGAUGAAAAAAAAGGAGUAUCAAAAGGCGAUGGAGUUGUAUGAAAAGAUUCGCAGUUUUGAAGGGAUGGACAACGCCGUCAUAUGGGGCAACUUGGCCGUGUGUUACUGGAAUUUAGGGAACGAGCCGCUUGCGUUCCAGUAUGGGGAGAAUUCGCACAAAGAGUGUGGGUAUCGCGGGGAUGUCACUGUCUUGUUAAUGAGAAAGAUGUUACAGGAGGGGGAGUACGACAAGAUGUGUGAGAUCAGUGAUCACUACUUUGAGAGUUUGGAGCAGAUGAACGACAUCGAAGUCUUCCAGAACAUGAGCGAGCAGAAUGAUGUGAUAGAAAUAUUGAGGAUGAAGAUGAAAGGGUUUUACAGGCAAGACAAUUACGAGAAGUGUUAUGAGACGUUUCUGUGGAUCUUUGGGAAGGUGAUACAAAAGGAGGAGACGGACCUGAUCAAAUCGCGCAUCAAACAGUUUCGAUUUUCACGGUCGAAGAAGUGGCGGAUGGGUGCGGUGUUGUCGAUUUUGGGUGUUGAAAUGCCGGUUGAAGAAAAGAAGGAGAAAAAGCAUACGGAAGAGAGUGAAAUUGAAGAGGACAGACUCUUUCAGACGAAGCGCAAAAAGAGAAAGGACACUGCCGUCACAGUAGCACCACCAAUACCAAAUGAAGAGAUCAAGUGGGACCAAUUUGAUGUCCCCCAAAAGGUCGAGAGUCUGAAACAGAAACAAGUCGAGCCGGUGGAGACCUUCAAUGAGAAUGAAAAGACGGACAGAAGUGAGACGGAAGAGAGUAGUUUAGUUGACAAAAAGACUCGGAACACUGACCGUGAUAAUCGUAAAGUGAUUGAAAUAGCAGGGACCUUUGUAUUACUUGAAGAGGUGUUAGGCAUUGAAAGGAUUAAAAAAUACAUCACGUGGCAUAUUACAUGUGCGGCUGUCAUCAACAAAAUGGACGAGUGUAAGCAAACGAUCGAGUCUUUAAUAACAGUUUUGGGGCAUGAUGAAGACAACGAGGUAGCUAUACGGACGUCGUUCAUUAACAUUUGUUUGAGGUAUUCAUCAUUCGAAGCGGCGAUUUUUCAAUUGAAAGCACUCUGUCUUGUCUUCCCCAAUCGAAAGGAUCUCUGGUUCUUCUUUAACAAGAUCAUCGUGUUGAGUCGCCGACAGACUAACCCGGGCCUCCUCAAGUACUUCAGUCGCAUGCACUCCAAAUACCCGAAGGAGGAGAUCAUCACUAUUAUAUUGGGCAACCUCUUCUUGACGACGUGCCAAUAUAACAAGGCCCUCACGUUACUGUUUGAUGUGUACGACAACCAGAAGAACUCUGCAUUACUCAAUUUGUCCAUUUCUCUGUGUUUUCUUGGCGAUGUUGCGAAUCGAAAUACUAUAGAUAAGUCCUCAGUGAUGGUGAACAGUCUGACGUACUUGAAAAGGUAUUUAGAGUUAUGCGGAUUCAAAAAGGAGGGGUUGUACAACGUUGGGAGGUUCUAUCAUCAGCUCGACGUCCUCUAUUUAGCGUCGAAUUUCUAUGAACAAGCGCUGUCCAUCAUCCCAAAGAACAGUGCAGAGGCGUUGCUUGAUCGCGAGAUUGCAUUCAAUUUGUCACUCAUCUAUGCAAAGGCUGGGAACGAAGACUUAGUCAUCAAGAUCAGAUGGCAAUACCUCCAGUUCUGA